UUUUUGCUACGUUUUUAAAUCAGUAUGUCUCAAAGUGCAUAGUGACAAAAUAUGAUGUGGAGUAAUGGACAUCUAACUGAAGAGCUGUUAUGGAAGUGCUUGAUGGGUCCAGAUGCUUGGGAUGUUGAAAGCACCCUGGACUAUCUGACAGGGAACAACUCGAAGGUCUGCCACCCCAACUCGAAGGUCCGCUCAUAUUCAGGGGAAGAAUCCCACUCCUGUGGACUGGCUGUAACAGCAUGUCUGAUCUUUCAACACCACUUUGCUACAGCAGCUCAUGCACUCCUGGACAAGAACACUACUGGCCCUUUACCACUCAUGGAUGAUCGGCAGCACCAAGUAGCCGACGACAACAUUCUUAUAGCAUGGAAACACUGGUGGGAAAGAGAGUCUAACAUGCUAUGUAAAUUCAGGACUCCAUCACUGCACCUGCCUCCUUGUCCUCUUGAACAUAGAUCCUGGAUCAGGUUCAACAGGGGUUAUUCUCUGGCUCAUCCAGAGUUGCUGCAACUAUAUGGCAGACUGGUUUGGCUUCCUCUCCAUGCUGUGAUGGGGUGUGUGCGGGGGAAGGGGGGUAGCAUUGCAGACAAUGACUCAUGGAGUGGAAGAGUGCCCAAUUCAACAUCUGGAGGGUGGUUUACAAAACCUCGCCUCCCUAAACACAGAAGCUAACCUUUGGCUACAGAACCUGGACAUUGAGCUCUGACAUCUGCACAUGAGAGGAGGAGUCUUGCCUGUGGUCUAGCCACACACUUUUAUAUAAUAGAUAGUGACCGCUUCAAGUGAGUUCUCAGUCUGUCCACAUACAUAUUCAUGUGAAUUCUGUUUUGUUAAAAGUACACAGAGAACUUUAGGCAUUGCAUGUCGAAUAGUUAAAAUUCAUUGUAUUUUUUCA